CUCUUUUAUCCUUUGAGGUUGGUAGCCUGGCUUCUUCUCAUUGAUGAGAAGAUGAGACCAAAGCUGUUGAUUGCAAUUAAAGGAGAAGGUUGGACGAAAGGACCUGUGAAAAAGUGCCCAGCUGCAAAAAAGGACACUGAGGUCUUCUUGCAGGAAGAAUUUCAGAUAGAAGCUCCCCAAAUGGAUAAUGGUCCAAUCACUGUCAAGAAGGCCAAGCUCAGGAAGCUGAAAAUUGCUCGCCAGCAUUUACCCCAGAGUUACGAGUACGAUCCUUACGUUUCCUGCCUAGCGGGACUCUACAGCUGUCGAUGGGAACGGUACGAGCAGAAAAGGAUCAAGCCAGGGCAGUGCUGCUGCGGCAUCGGUGAGUGUGCAUUUUUUGCACUGCUCCUUUUCGCCUUCUUCCUCUGGUUCAUCUUUACAUACAUGUGGGGACAACUGAAAAAUGACUAUAACGCCUUCGACAGAUACAACUUUGCCAAUUAUGGAUUCUGGUUUCAUUGGUCCAUAUUGCUCCUGGUUUUGGCUGCCCUGAUUUUAUCCUACCUCUUGUUCUUACUGGUAAGAAUGGUUACCGUGUUUGUCUUGGGUUUAGCUGCUACCGCUUAUGUCGUGUUAAGCGCGAUGUGGCCGGAACAGUGGUCGACCUUGAGCCUCUCCUUUCAGGUAAUGAGAAUUUUUCAGGUGUUGAUCCUUGGUUCCUACCUGUCCGUCCUCCUCUUUUUUUACUUUAUCCCCCUGGGGCUGAAGUCGCCCUGCAUCCGAGAAAAGGGCACGUUGGGUCCCAAGCCAGCCCUGAUUGGCCACCGGGGAGCACCAAUGGUGUUUGUGAAGUGCCUGCACGGAAGCUACGACGGUGUACCUUUCCUUAUGCAUGACAAAACUUUACGAAGAACCACAGACAUUGAGUCCGUAUCUCCUGAGGUUGUGAAUAGAGAUGCUGCCAUAUUCCCUUGGUCAUUUCUGAAAAACCUGAAUGCCGGGAACUGGUUCUUUGAGAAAAGGCCAUUCUUUGAGAUGCCCUACCUCUCACUUCAAGAUCAGAUAGAGGCGAAGAACCAGAGCAUUUACAAAUUCAGCGAUUUCUUGGACUUUGCUGACCAGGAGAACAAAUAUGUGAUCUUUGAUCUGUACCGCCCUCCGAGAUUUCAUCCUUAUCGGAAUAAUUGGAUCAAGCGAGCCUUAGAAGUAAUUCUCAAUGAAUCAAGGAUCAGACCUGAUUUGGUCCUGUGGUUGCCUGAACUAGGGAGAUCCUAUAUUCAGUCUGUCGCUCCGGGCUUCCAGCAGACCACAUCAGAUCCGGGGCCCAUUGAGGAACUCCGGAAACGGAACAUUGUGAGACUCAAUUUGAACUACAGAACCAUGGGCAAUGUCAAUAUUCGGGAAUACGCGGAGGCCAACAUUACAACCAACCUCUGGGUGGUCAGCGAGCCGUGGCUAUUCUCCUUGGCCUGGUGCUAUGGCGCUCAUUCUGUAACCACCAAUGACAUCCACAACCUGAGGAACAUGCAUCAACCUUCGUUCUUCAUGACACCCCAGGAGUACAGGAGUUUGUGGAUCAUAACAGAUGUGUUAUCAUUUCUCUUCAUCUCUCUCUUCUUUCUUAUUCACUGGUGGAGGGAGCUGGGUCCUCCCUGCUGCGAAGUAGAGAGUACUGAAAGCCUUGAGAGUGGCACCUACAACAGAUUCGAAACAGAACUUAACAAAAUGAGUAUUGUAACUUAAGAGACUGCCGCACGAGCUUUGUGGUCAAGCGUGCCUCUCUGUCGUCUGGGCAGAAGAUCUUUUCCCGUCUGUGAGCAUGAUGUUCUGGGGAAAAGGAAAUUGGAAUACACAAGGAAUUGGACACUGCUUGGAUAUUCAUGGAUGCUAUUUGGACUUUGAUGGUAUGGACUGUCACGGCUAUCUUGAGCAAAAGUUCAAAGGACCCCCCCAUCCUAUUCUUCUGUGACUCAAGGCAGAGACCUUUUUUCGGUUCCAAGCAAAAAGAGAAGGCGGGAGGAUUUACAUCAACAUCUUUGUGACCUUGAGGUCAUCUUUGGGAUUCUCUUGUGGGGAAAAGCCAUGCAAGGUCCAUUCAUACAACCUAUGUCAGAAGGAUUCCUCUUCCUCUUCCUCUCCUGGUAUGAGCACCCUAUAAACUCCUUUUGGCAUGGGUUGUGUGUGUCAUGUUCUUCAAGAGAGAACUUGCAGAAAGUUGAUAUAAAGAAACCCUAAGAUUAUCCGUUUCCAUAUACAGAAUAUAACACCUGGACAA